AUGACGGGCAGCGAGGCGAAGGCUGACCCUGGGAAGUACGAGGCCCUGCGCCGCUCCAUGCUCGGGAACCCCUUCCACCACUGGGCCGUUGCUGUCGGGCUGCUGGUAGCGGUGCCGUCGCUCGCGGAGCUGCGCGAGAGCGCGCGGGCCUGGGUUGGCGGCCGCAAGUUGUGGGCAGGCGACGCCGCCUCCUUGCGCUGCGGGCGCGCGAAGGUCGACGAGGAGGUCUGCCGUGAGCUGCAGCCCCGCGGGUCGCGGCGCUGGUGCCUGGGCCCCUCGUGCCGGGGCAAUCCCUUCGCCGUGGACACGAGUUGUCCUCGCGAGGACGCUGUGGUUAUGUUCGCUGGCUGGCUGCGCAGGCAGCAGCUGCUGCUGGGGCGCCUGGAGGAGCUGCGCGGCGCCGAGCUGGCCUGUCACUGCAGCCAGGCCGAGGCGUGCCAUGCCGACGUUACUCUGGCAGAGCUGGCCAAGCGUGACGAGAUGUCCCGGCGUGAUCCAGACGUCUCGCGCAGGCUGGUGAUGUACUUAGCGAUGGCGUGCCACAGUAAUGGUGCCGACCUUCGCGCGGAUGGAAGCUCUGAGGAGUUAGGUAAAGUGUACCCUCGGCAGGAGAUGGACGCAGGCAUCUGGCAGCGGCGCACGGCAAGGCAGUUGAUUUGGGACCUACCUCAGCGUGCGCCGCCGACGCCGACGCUGUUCUGCAGCGCGCUGGCUGGCUGGGCGCUGGGACGCGGCGAGAUCGCGUUCGCUGCGAUUGCGCUGGCAGGCCCCCACCUCUGCCUUCGGACGGGCGAGGCCCUCGGCCCCUCCAGCGGCGUCGCCCAGCAGAAGCCUCGCGGCCGCGGCGUGAUUUCGUCGCCAUGGACAAAGACAGCCUGUCAGAAGGGGGCGCGGGAGACGGCGGCGCUCGAUGGCCCGCUCGCCGGAGCCGUUGUGCACGCGCAGCUGCAGCGGCACAGCGCGCUGCCGCCCUCGUUCGACCCCUGGGCCCAAGGCUGCUGGGGCCACGGCGCGGAGUCCUGGGGCUGGGCGGCGGACGCCUGCCACCGCGCGCCACAGAACCAGCAGCCCUGGGGCGCGCAGUGGGAGGCGGUCGACUUCCAGUAUGGGCACCACCAUGUGCAGCCCGUCAUGGUGUUCGGUAUGCCAUGUGAGUUCGCCGCGUCCCACUGCUGGACGCCGGUGGAGCAGGCGCCCACGCUGCUGUCGCAGCGGCGGCAUCCGGCGAAGCCCCGCGCCGAGCACAAGGUGCCCUCCCCAAAGUCCACCUCGAACAGCAAAGCAGAGGCGCACACGACGGUGAUGAUGCGCAACGUGCCCAUCAGUUAUCCCCCGAGAUGCUGCUCGAGCUGCUGGACAGACAGGGGUUCGCGCGGCUGUACGACUUCGUGUAUUUGCCAUUCGACUUCCUGACCCAGGGCAACGUAGUAUGUGACACUGUGCUCUGUUAUGUUCUGACCUCGACGGGCUGGCCCGACGUCGUGACCCCUGGGCGAGGCCGUGGAGUGGUGACUACUGCAUACGUGAUGUUGUGCUAUGGCGUGUUUGAUUGGAAUAUGCCGCAAUGCAACAUGUGGUAUUGUGUUAUGUGAUGUUCUGAUCUCGACGGGCUGGCGUGAAGUCGUGACGCUUGUCACGUUAGAUACGUAGUCGGUUCGCUGUACUCUGGGGCACCAUGUUAGGACAUGAUAUGUUCUGUUAGGCUAUGUUCUACUAUGCUAUGUUCCGUGAUGCUGUUGACGGUUCAGCUCAGUACAGAAUAGUCAGAUCUCAUCUUUUUCUGUGGUUUGCCAUGUCUUGUUCUGUCGUGAUACUCCUCUCCUCUACUGCCGUUGCUGUAUUCACAAGUGUUCGACAAUGGUCCAUGUGGUAAUUGUCUAUCAAUAUAUGAUGUUUUAUGUCCGGUUCUGUCCUCGACGGGCCAACAUUACGUUGUGACGCUUGGGCGACGCCGUGGAGUGGUGGCUAUUGUAUAGGUGAUGUUGUGCUACAAUGGGUUUGGUUGGAUCCUGCUCCGAUGCAGUCUGUGAUGCUGUGUUCUUUGAUGUUGUGAUCUCGGCGGGCCAGCGUGACUUCGCGACGCCUUUCGCUUCCACAAUGUUCCAUGUAGUAGCGUUCUACCGUGUGAUGCUCUACUAUGUCCUGUUCUGUUCUCGACGGGCCGGCGUGACGUCGUGACGCCUGGGCGACGCCGCGGAGUGGUGACUACUGCAUACGUGAUGUUGUGCUAUGGUGUGAGUGUGUGUGUGGCAGGGUUCUGCCCCAAUGUUAUAUGUGACACUGUGUUAUGUGAUGUUAUGAUAUCGACGGGCUGGCGUGACGUCGUGACGCUUGUCACGUUAGAUACAACGUCGAAACGAUCAUUGCUGUGACUGUUGGUUCCUGUGGCCAAGCUGACCAACGUGUACGUACGGUACGUUUCGUUAUGAUAUCCCUCUGCCCUUUCGUCAUCUUUUCCGUUAAAGUAUGUUAUGUCAUGUUGGUUGUUGCCACAGUAUGCAUUGGCAUGUUCUGGUAUGCUCUAUUCUGCCGCACCAUGCUAGGACAUGAUAUGUUCUGCCAGGUUAUGGUAUAGUAUGCUCUGUUCCUUGAUGCUGUUGAUGGCUCAGUUCAGAUUCGUAUAGUAUGACUUGCUCUGUCAGUAUGUUUUGUUGUCCUGCUCUGUCGUUGUAUUCCUCUCCGC